AUGGCUGCCCUGUUGUUCCUCUCUGUGGACCCUAGUUACAGACCCAGCCCGAUCACCACCUUCCAGUUCCCCGCAAACCUCCGACAUCUCCCGGUGUGACUUCUUCGUUCCGCGGGGUAGGGUUGGGACCUGUCGCCGGGAUGUGCUCCGUCUUCCGCUGCGGUUCGUCGCGUCGCGGGGCGCAGCGGUUCAAGUUGCCGAAGGACCCAGAGAAGAGGCUGGAGUGGGUCCAGUUCGUGUUCGAGGCGAACGGCCAGCGGCUCAGAGAGUCGCACUGGACCGAUAUCACCAUCUGCAGGGAACACUUCACCGAGGACUGCUUCGGUAAAACUAAGACCGGCGCGGUUCAGAUGAGGAACAGCGCUGUGCCGUCACUGUGCAUCAAGUCAGAGCCGGAGGAGGAGCAGCAGGAGCAGGAGCAGGAGCCUGUGGAAAUCUUAGAGUCUGAUUCCAAGUAUGAACGACAACAAUCUGAAGGUUCGGAAGAAUCAAUAUCCCUGUACAAUACCAAUACUGUUGAUGAGCCAGUUAGCCCAGUGCCAAGCCAAACUCCUGAAGAGGAUUAUGUUCAGAUGCUGCGGAAGGUGGAGAAUGUUGAUAUGAUCAGGGAAAAGGCUGCACUUCUCCAGAAGAAGGGGAGGUUUGUUGUGAAUGAAAAGCAGCUCCUCCAGUUGUUUGGCAGUAGGUGCCCUUUAUGUGAUUCUAACGUUAAGAUGGAGAAGAUUAUCCAUGGCGGACUCAUCAUCGUGAAACGGCAGUGCCUCCAGUGUAAAUACAGACACCAGUGGAAAAGCCUGAUCGGGGUCGAUGUCCAAGGAGCUGAAGGUCAACACCUGUCAUAUGACUCAAAACUAAUUUCAGAGUCGGAGGAGAGCAAUCGUAGGAACGAAACGGAUGAUUCCAGUGAUCCGGGUCCCGUGGAAUCAGAUGAUGACUGGAAGCCGGCAGAGCAGCGUUCACUGGCUGCUGAGCUUCCCAAUGGAUCGGAUGAGACCGAAGAGGACGAGGGGGAAGAAGUGGACAAUUAUUAUGUAUUCGCGCCCAACCACAGCGAGCUCUGCACAGAGUGUGGGAAGUUUUUCAGUAAACGUUGGCCUCACACGUGCGAGCACAAGGUGAAGCCGUAUUCCUGCAACAUUUGUGGCAAGAGAUGUGUCAGUGAGGUUGCUCUAAACCGACACAGCAGAGUCCACAAUGAAAACUAUGAGCAUCGGUGCAAAUACUGCCACAGAACGUUCAAAACAAAGGUGGACAAAAUCACCCACCAGCAGAUUCACGUGACUGAAGGAAAGCCCUAUAAAUGCCCUGACUGUCCAGAGACCUUUGCCUCAAACAAGGAUCGCGAGAUCCACCUGGAGGAUCACAGAGGCCCCAAGCAGUUAACAUGUCCCUUUUGUGGGAUUGAAUUUAACCGUACCCUGUCUAUUCAGAGACACUUAAUGGUGCACACGGGCCAAAAGCCGUUUGUGUGUGCUGUGUGCCAACGCGGCUUCAACCAGGCAAGUCACCUCAAAUCUCACAUGCGCCUGCACACGGGGGAGAGGCCUUUCAAGUGCGACAAGUGCGAAAAGUGCUUCAAUCACAAUGUGAGCUUAAAGAGUCACAUCCAGCGUUAUCACUCUUCCAAUCCUGCGCACGAGCGUAAGAGAGGCAGGAAAAGCAAAACUGUCAGCACCGACGAGACUGAUUCUCAGGAGAAAUGUGACGAGAGAGGUGCAGAGCUAGUGCCGGGGCCAGGGGAAGAGCAUGAUGAAGAACAGCCAUUAAAGAAGAUGAGAAAAUUGAAGCCAAAAAGCAAAAGGAGCACAGGUAGACCCAUAGGAAGGCCUAAGAGAAAUGAAGAAGGCCACUUGAUCCUGGAUGAUGAGCUGGAUUCAUACACAGAGACCGAAAUAUCAGAGGCACGGACGUCAAAGAGAACAGGGGGCAGUGAUGAAGAGAGUGAGGAGGAGCCGCCCGAAAGCAACAUGUCUUAUGACUCAAAUAACGAGGAGGAGUUUAGGAGUGAGAAAGUAACAUCAAGCCCAAGCAGAUCCAGAGGAAGCCCCAGAAUGUCUGACCCUGACACAGACUUUGACCCAGAAGACUCAAAGGAAGAGAAAGAAGAACAGCUGAUAGAGCAGUGGAAUCAAAUAUAUAAAGAUGUUAAUCAUUAAACUGCACUUAACCAACUCA